UGCAAUUCGUGAGCGGUCGUUCUCUCCUCUCUCUCGCAGCAAGCAAAAGUAGAAACCAAAACUUAACAUCAAACUGUUGUGCGCGCAUGCGUCCGUCUCAGAAACAGAAGAAGAAAAACCUGCAAUCAGAACUCUCAAAUCGAAUCGUGAAAAUCCUUUUCUGCCAUACCCAAAAAUAAGCCGGACAAAGCUCAAUUGCCUUCUGCCAACUGAGCAGGAAAAACAUCAAGGAAAAUACAAAUUAAUUACCGCCCGACCGUAAUUUGUUUACGUUUUUUUUCAUCAUUUUUUUUUGCAUUGUAUUGUGUGAGUGUGAGAAGUUAAAUCGCGCUGGCCAAAAUUCCAGAUUCAAAAUUCGAAUUGGCGAAGAAGUGAAGGGUGUGACGACACGACAGACGCACACACGCACACGAACGCACUGAAAAAAGACCGGCUAAAAGGCAGACGAAAAAAAGGAGACGAGAGAGCGAGUGCUAAAUAGAAAACGCAAAAACAGGAUAAUAACUACCAAACUAAUACUAUAAAACAAGCGACUAAGUGACAUUUCGCGAAGUCUAACAACAACAACAACAGCAAUAACAACAGCAAUAACAACAGUGACACCAACAACAACAGCAGCAAAGAGCGAAAGAGCCAAAAAGCAGGAGCAAAGAAACCGCAACGUUAGUUUUUCCUCCAAAAAGAAGCCGGAAUCCGGAGACUGCCCCAAGAUUGCUCCCAUCAGCACCAUGAACGGCCAGGGCUGCGAGCUGGGCCACAGCAACGGCGACAUCAUCUCACAGAACCAACAGAAGGGAUGGUGGACCAUCGGCCUGAUCAACGGCCAGCACAAGUACAUGACCGCCGAGACCUUUGGGUUCAAGCUCAAUGCCAAUGGCGCCAGUCUGAAGAAGAAGCAGCUGUGGACGCUGGAACCCUCGAACACCGGUGAAAGUAUUAUCUACUUACGAUCUCAUCUGAACAAGUACCUUUCGGUCGAUCAGUUUGGCAACGUGCUGUGCGAGAGCGAGGAGCGGGACGCUGGCAGCCGCUUCCAGAUCAGCAUCAGCGAGGACGGCAGCGGCCGUUGGGCGCUGAAGAACGAGUCGCGCGGCUACUUCCUCGGCGGCACUCCGGACAAACUGGUCUGCACGGCCAAGACGCCCGGCGCCAGUGAGUUCUGGACGGUCCAUUUGGCGGCCCGGCCGCAGGUCAAUCUGCGUUCGAUUGGACGCAAGCGGUUUGCUCACCUUUCCGAGUCGCAGGACGAGAUCCAUGUGGACGCCAACAUUCCGUGGGGCGAGGAUACGCUCUUUACGCUGGAGUUCCGUGCCGAGGAGGGCGGUCGAUAUGCCCUGCACACGUGCAACAACAAAUAUCUGAACGCCAAUGGGAAACUGCAGGUGGUUUGCAACGAGGAUUGCCUGUUCAGCGCCGAAUAUCAUGGCGGGCACCUGGCGCUGCGCGAUCGCCAGGGUCAGUACUUGUCGCCCAUUGGCUCCAAGGCGGUACUCAAGUCCCGCUCGUCGUCGGUGACGCGGGACGAGCUGUUCUCGCUGGAGGACUCGUUGCCGCAGGCCUCGUUCAUUGCCGGCCUCAAUUUGCGCUAUGUGAGCGUUAAGCAGGGCGUCGAUGUGACGGCCAACCAGGAUGAGGUGGGCGAGAACGAGACGUUCCAGCUGGAGUACGACUGGUCGGCGCACCGUUGGGCCCUGCGCACCACCCAGGAUCGCUACUGGUGUCUGUCGGCGGGCGGCGGGAUCCAGGCCACCGGCAAUCGGCGUUGCGCCGACGCCCUCUUCGAGUUGAUCUGGCACGGCGACGGGUCGCUCUCGUUCCGUGCCAACAAUGGCAAGUUCUUGGCCACUAAGCGUUCUGGGCAUCUGUUCGCCACUUCGGAAUCCAUUGAGGAGAUAGCCAAGUUCUAUUUCUACUUGAUCAAUCGACCCAUUCUGGUACUGAAGUGUGAGCAAGGAUUUGUGGGCUAUCGCACGCCCGGCAAUCUGAAGCUGGAGUGCAACAAGGCCACCUACGAGACCAUCCUCGUGGAGCGCGCCCAAAAGGGACUGGUGCAUCUGAAGGCGCACAGCGGCAAGUACUGGCGCAUCGAGGGCGAAAGCAUCUCGGUGGACGCCGACGCGCCCAGCGAUGGAUUCUUCCUGGAGCUUCGCGAGCCGACCAGGAUCUGCAUAAGAUCGCAGCAGGGCAAGUAUCUGGGCGCUACGAAGAACGGGGCGUUCAAGCUGCUGGACGAUGGCACCGAUUCGGCCACCCAGUGGGAGUUCUAGGGCGGAACCACGCCCCCUCCCGUACGGGCUGCUGCACGCGUCAUCAGUAUCACAAUCACACACUUCCCAUCCAAGCGGGAUUCCCUAUUUAUCGAUCCGCAGCUGAAGCGCUGAGAAAAGUCGCACAAGAAUUUGAGAUCCUAAACAACAAUUGCAACAUGAACGAAAAAAAAUAAGAAAUCUUGAUAAAGAGAAGGCAAUGCGAGUGAAUGGAACAUGAAAAACAAAAACUUAUAUAUUUAUAUAUAAAGAUCUACGUAUACAUAGAAAGAGAGAUUUUUUUUAAACAACCUAUUUAGCUUUUUAUACGUUUUAUACGAUGAGAAAAUCUGAAAAAGAAGAACAACAAAUUUUUAGCGUAGACUACAAAACGAAACUUCUGUCGCGAGUCCUUCCGUUUUAUCAAAUAUAUCAGCAACUAGGCCAGCAAAAAUGAAGAAUGACAUUAUGGUUAUACAAGCACAUCAUAUAUACACCUAUAUAUACAUAUUCGAUUCGUAAAGCUUAACGGAAAAAAACCGAAAAUUAAAAAGAAAAAAAGAAAAGGGAAAUAAGAGCAAGAAAAACAUAAAUAAAUGAAAAAAAAUAAAAAUAAAUCAACACAUAUUCCUAUAAAUUUAUUUAUAUAUUUAUAUACAUAUUGAUAUGAACGAUAACACUCGGACACACACAUACACACGACCCCACACUCACACCCAAACACUCAAGCAAGCAAUUUUAAUACGCAAAACAAAAUUUAGUCACUAAGCAAACCUUUAAAAAUUAAUCUGUAAUAAACACAAAGUCAAAAAUUAAACAUCAAAUCUCUCCGUACGGCGAUUUUGCAAUGGAAUCAACUCCACUAUAUCUAACAUAU